GGCAUUAAAUGUUGAGUAACUAGUGUAAAAGCACAAAUUGGAAAAUCAAUAUAAAAAUGAUCAAUUCCUGUCAUUUUAUGUUUAGACUAGAACAAGUUGUAUAUAAUAUGUUGGUAUAAUAUUUACUUGCCAGAAGUUGUAUAUGUAUGAUUCGUUAAUAGUGAUAUUAUCCAUCGUAUAAAAGGGUUGAAGUGAAACAUGUCUUCUAGGCGAAGCUAUGGAGGAGGCUCCAGACUCAGUUGCCCAAAUCACCCUAAUACAAUGCUAACUGAAGACUAUAGAGCUGGUGACAUGAUAUGCCCAGAAUGUGGGUUGGUUGUUGGUGACCGUGUAAUUGAUGUUGGAAGUGAAUGGCGAACAUUUAGCAAUGAAGCCAAUGGUACCGACAGGUCACGUGUUGGUGGUGGCGAGAACCCUUUUCUUGAUGGAACUGAUCUAUCAACUAUGGUUGGCUCAGACAGAGCAAGUGGAUCUGGUUUGGAUUUGCAAGGUUAUUCUCGAUACCAGAACCGAAGUGGAAUAAGCGGAUCCGACAGAAGCCUGCUAAACGCAAUUCGUGAGAUUGGUACCAUGGCUUCAAGAAUCAACUUACCAAAAACAAUUGUCGAUCGAGCCAAUCAACUGUUCAAACAGGUCCACGAUCAGAAGAGUUUGAAAGGGCGAAGUAAUGAUGCUAUUGCUUCUGCCUGCCUGUACAUUGCAUGUCGACAGGAGGGAGUACCUAGAACAUUCAAAGAAAUAUGCGCCAUUAGCAAAAUACCGAAAAAGGAAAUCGGUCGCUGCUUCAAACUGAUAUUGCGAACGCUCGAAGCUAGUGUAGAUUUGAUCACGUCUGAAGAUUUCAUGUCCCGAUUCUGUUCGAAUCUCAUGCUCAAGCCGGCUGUUCAAAGAGCUGCAACUUACAUCGCAAAAAAAGCUGUCGAGUUAGAUUUAGUGCCAGGCCGAAGUCCUGUCUCUGUCGCAGCUGCUGCCAUUUACUUGUCCUCGCAGGCUUCAGAAGACAAAAAGACACAAAAAGAUAUUGGCGACAUCGCUGGAGUGGCAGAUGUUACAAUUCGACAGUCGUAUCGCAGCUUAAUCGCGCGUGCAGCAGACUUGUUCCCGCCUGACUUUGUGUUUCACACGCCGAUUGACAGACUACCGGUAAGCUAGUGGCGAUAGCUUGGUAUCAAUCUCUUCAGUUUCUUCGUUUGAUUCUGCGCUGCCGACUCCUUGACAGAUAUCAUGCGAAAUUAAUUUGGAGACCGUAUAACAACUAUAUUGUUAAAGGUUCCAUUAAACUCCUUUUCUUCGUUCGUUAUAUUUAUUCAGUUUUUAGCAGAUGAACAUUGCAUUAGCUGUAAUUUGUCAAUGUUUUAAAUACAUACAUAAUGCACUA